UCAAGCGGAAUAUCAUCGUCCGAUACGUCAUCUUCCAAAGGUGGAUGAUCGUACAAAGGAUUCGCUGCACUGCCAAAUCCACGCGCCGCUUUACUAUACGAACGCACCUGACUGGGUAUCGCUCGUGGAGCCAUCGAAUCCGCCACAAAGGAGGCCACAUCGGAAUCUCCACCAGAAGGAGACUGACUGGGCUUGCUGAUGCCUCACAGUCACAGAUGGGGGAUCCUCUCUCGAGUGUUUAAACUUUUUAUUUUCUUCACUUGAAAUGCUUUUCUCUCUUUCUCUCUCCAUUUUCCCAUAGCUCCGUGUGCAAAAUGGACAUCCUUUUCGCCCAGAUCCAAGCUGACCUACGGUCAAACGACGCUCUCCGUCAAUCCGGCGCCCUCUUACAAGCCUUACAACAAUCCGCUGCAGGGCGAGACACUUCAGUAAUCGCCAAAACUGCGGUGGAAGAGAUCGUUUCUUCACCUGCUUCAGCCGUCUGCAAAAAGCUUGCAUUCGACUUAAUUCGUUCCACCCCUCGACUGACUCCCGACCUAUGGGACUCCGUUGUUAGCGGCAUCAAAACUGACCUGGAUUUCCCUGACCCCGAUGUCUCCGCUGCUGCUGUCUCAUUUCUCUCUGCUAUUCCUUCCCACCUUCUCUCCUCUUUGAUUUCUCUCUCCCACCAACACAUCACUUCCUGCUUCGACUCUUCCAGCAGUAACCUCCGCUUCUCCAUCACUGAAACCCUCGGCUGCAUUCUUGCGCGUGAUGAUCUUGUUGUGCUUUGUGAGAAUAAUGUCAAUUUGCUCGAUCGUGUUUCUAAUUGGUGGAGGAGAAUUGGUCUCAAUAUGUUGGAUUCCUCCGAUGCCGUCUCUAAGGUGUCUUUUGAAUCAGUUGGGAGGUUGUUUAAGGAGUUUGAGUCUAAGAAGAUGAGCCGAUUAGCUGGGGAUAAGCUCGUUGAUAGUGAGAACUCCGUAGCCAUUCGCUCCAAUUGGGUUUCUUCAAUGGUGGAUUUUGUCUGGAAGAGGCGCAAUUCGCUUAUGUCUAGGGCUUUGGUUCUUCCAGUUGAGAGCUUCCGUGCAACUGUUUUUCCAUUGGUUUACGCAGUUAAAGCCGUGGCUUCUGGCUCUGUUGAGGCCAUCCGGAAGCUAUCUUCCAAGGGCGGUGAUGGUGAUGGUGAUGGGACGGCGGCAUUGGUGUCUGCCAAUGCGGAGAAGUUUAUGGGCGUCUCCGAUGUUGUUAUGCAUCUAUCGCCGUUUCUUGAGUCUUUGGACCCUGCUUUGAUCUUCGAGGUGGCAAUCAAUAUGUUGUAUCUAGCUGAUGUCCCUGGAGGCAAGCCUGAGUGGGCUUCCGGCUCCAUUAUCGCCAUUCUUACUCUAUGGGAUCGCCAGGAGUUCUCAUCUGCUAGGGAGAGUAUUGUUCGGGCUGUUGUUACCAAUCUACACCUUCUCGAUCUCAAUAUGCAGGUCUCAUUGUUUAAGAGGUUGCUUCUAAUGGUAAGAAACUUGAGGGCAGAAUCAGAUCGCAUGCAUGCUUUGGCUUGCAUUUGUCGCACAGCUCUUUGUGUUGAUCUCUUUGCCAAAGAAAGUAUUCGCAGAGGUCAGAAGCCUCUGGCUGGAACUGAUAUUGCUUCUCUUUUUGAAGAUGUGAGGAUUAAAGAAGAUCUUAACAGCGUCACUAGCAAAAGCUUGUUCAGAGAAGAGUUAGUGGCGUCUCUAGUAGAAAGCUGUUUCCAGUUGUCUUUGCCUCUCCCUGAGCAAAAGAAUUCAGGAAUGGAGAGUCGGGUCAUUGGUGCCCUUGCUUAUGGUACUGGUUAUGGCGCUUUAAAUUGGACGGAGCCUGCUUUAGAAGUUGUAGAAGUUUGUAGGCCCUGUGUUAAGUGGGACUGUGAGGGCAGAACUUAUGCAAUUGAUUGCUAUCUCAAGUUACUUGUCAGACUGUGUCAUAUAUAUGAUACAAGAGGCGGUGUUAAACGAGUUAAAGAUGGUGCUUCACAAGAUCAGAUAUUGAAUGAGACAAGGCUGCAAAACCUUCAGCGUGAGCUUGUCAAUUAUCUACGUGAGGUGAAUACACCUAGAAUUUCUGCGCGCGUCAUUUGGGCCCUAGCUGAGCACAUUGAUCUUGAAGGCUUAGAUCCCCUUUUGUCCGAUGAUCCUGAUGAUCCACUAAACAUUAUUGUGACAAAUAUCCAUAAGGUUUUGCUCAACAUGGAUUCAUCUACCAUGACCACAAACAGGCUCCAAGAUGUUCAGGCAGUCCUCUUGAGUGCUCAGCGAUUGGGAUCUCGAAAUUCAAGGGCUGGUCAAUUACUAAGUAAAGAGCUUGAAGAAUUCCGAAACAAUGGCUCGGCGGAUUCUGUCAAUAAACAUCAGUGUCGCUUGAUACUGCAAAGGAUCAAAUAUGCUACUCAGCAUCCAGAUAACAGGUGGGCUGGGGUAAGUGAAGCCAGAGGAGACUAUCCAUUUAGCCACCACAAGUUAACCGUUCAGUUCUAUGAAGUAUCUGCAGCUCAGGACAGAAAGCUGGAAGGGCUCGUACAUAAAGCAAUUUUAGAGCUUUGGAGGCCUGAUCCUAGUGAACUGACACUAUUGCUGUCAAGUAAAAUCGAUUCAACACUACUUAGGAUUCCACCAAGAGCAUUUACGUUGACCGGGAGUAGUGAUCCGUGUUAUGUUGAAGCAUAUCAUUUGGCAGAUCCAAGUGAUGGGAGGAUCACUCUGCAUCUGAAGGUUAUAAAUCUAACUGAAAAUGAAAUUAAUCGAGUUGAUAUCCGUGUUGGGCUGACGGGGGCAUUGUAUUUCAUGGAUGGUUCACCACAAGCUGUGCGGCAGUUGCGAAAUCUGGUUUCACAGGAUCCUGUGCCUUGUAGCAUUACUGUAGGAGCUUCUCAUUUCGAAAGAUGCGCCCUUUGGCUCCAAGUUCUAUAUUAUCCAUUCUAUGGUACUGGACCCAUUUCUUAUGAAGGUGAUUAUGUGGAAGAAGAUCCCCAACUUGUACGACAAAAAAAAAGUUCCAAGCAAGAGCUGGGAGAACCUGUGAUCUUGAGGUGCCAACCUUACAAGAUUCCAUUGACUGAGCUGCUUUUACCGCAUAAAAUCUCCCCUGUCGAGUUUUUUCGGUUAUGGCCAAGUUUACCUGCUAUCGUGGAGUACACUGGCACAUAUACGUAUGAGGGAAGUGGAUUUAUGGCAACUGCUGCUAAGCAGUAUGAUGCUUCACCCUUUUUGACUGGAUUGAAUUCUCUGGAAUCUAAGCCUUUCCAUAAAGUUUGUUCCCACAUUAUCCGCACAGUUGCUGGCUUUCAGCUCUGCUUUGCUGCUAAAACAUGGCAUGGGGGCUUCUUGUGGAUGAUGAUAUUUGGUGCUAGUGAAGUCAGCCGAAAUGUUGACUUAGGGGAUGAAACAACUACCAUGAUGUGCAAAUUCGUUGUCCGAGCAUCGGAUGCCUCAAUCACAAAGGAAAUUGAGUCAGAUUUGCAAGGCUGGUUAGAUGACCUUACAGAGGGGGGCUGCGAAUACAUGCCUGAAGACGAGGUAAAAUUAGCAGCUGCUGAAAGGCUGAGAAUAUCAAUGGAGCGAAUAGCUCUUUUGAAAGCUGCCAAACCACGUCCUAAAGAUGAGUCUGAAACCGAAGAGGAAGAAGGAAGUAGUGGAGGAGAGUUGGAAGAUGAGGAUAAAAAGAAUAAAAAGAGGCGGGAAAAGAAGGAAAAGAAAACAGACGAGGAAGAUGAAAAAAGUAAAGGACCUUCCACCUUGUCGAAGCUAACAGCUGAAGAGGUGGAGAAUCUUGCUCUUCAAGCUGCAGUUCUUCAGGAGUGGCAUAUAUUAUGCAAGGAUAAAGACGUGAAAGUUUAUUGACUUCUUAAUAUGUUUGGAUAACACUCUGAUGUGGUUAGACAUACAAUUUUUAGUGUAGAUGGUCAAUCUCUGUUUUCUGUUUCAGCGUCUGUUUCAAUAUUUACUCAUUAUGCUGGGUGCAUGGUAGUGUUGUAAACAUAUAAUGUAGGUUUUCGUUUCCUUUGUUUUGCGUUUUGUAUUUUUUGAUUCAUUCUUCAUUCAGUAUACACUUUGUAUAGGCUGGACAGCUGUAUUAUGUGGAGCGCGAUUUUACAUGCUUGGAAUUGAAAUACUGUUAUUGUAGUAAUGGUUAUGGUUAUGGUUAUGGUU